UUCAGCUGCCCUUCCUCCCUCAACUCACAACACUCUCUUCCACCCUUCUUCACUUCCGGCCACUCUAAACAAGCAAUUAAUAUGUCGGGUUAUUAUUAUUACUCAGGGUGCCCAGAUCAUUACGAGGCUCAUUAUCUGGAUGCCUGCUCCGUUUGCGGCAAAUCGCUUCAUAAUUCCGAUAUUUUCAUGUACAGAGGGAAUACACCGUUUUGCAGCAAAGAGUGUAGACAAGAACAGAUGGAGAUCGAUGAAGCCAGAGAAAAGAAAUUGAAAUCUGGCCGAUCUCUUAGAAAAUCGGAUUCAAAGAGCUCUACACCCAACAAAACUGUUCGGACGGGCAUUGUUACGGUGUCGUAAUUACAUCUUUGCUUCUUCUUUUUUUCUUUUUAUAAAUGAUAAUUGUAUCAUCAUCAAUUUUGAAAAAAAAACGAAAAAACAAGAUCGGGACAAGAAGGGAAAAAGAAAAAGGAAACCUUCAAUGGAAUUUUGUAUUUUCGUUUUAUUAUUGGGUAUGCUGUUUGAGAGGAGUGGAUGUUUAUGGGGGGGAAUCGGAUGUGCAGUUUUCAUUAAUGGAAAAUGUGCAAAGAUUUAUAA